AUGUGGGAAAGAAGGAAAAAGGGAAAUGUAAUUGGUCGGGUAAAUGCAGCAAAUUCAAUUGAAGGUGAGAGGUAUUAUAUGAGGCUCCUAUUAAGCCAUGUCAAAGGACCAAAAUCAUUUGAAGAUCUACUUACAGUGGAUGGCACCAAAUGCAAUUCGUUCAAAGAGUCCGCAAUCAAGAGAAAUUUGCUCGAAUCAGAUCAAAGUGCAUCAGAAUGCAUGAGCGAGGCGGUGGCUUUCCAAAUGCCUAGGGAGCUGAGAAGACUGUUUGCAAUUUUAUUGGUAUACAGCGAGCCAACUGACGUCAGAGAAAUAGAAGAAGAAUUGACAGUUGAAAUACCGGCUGAAGAUAUUGAUGCGGAAAAAAACCUAAACAAGGAGCAAACAUAUGCAUACAACACUAUACUAGAUAGAGCCAAAUCUAAUACAAGGGGAGUGUUCUUUGUGAAUGGACCUGAAGGAACUGGAAAAACAUUCUUAUACAAAGUAAUACUAGCAAAGAUGAGAUCAAGCGGUAUGAUAGCUUUAGCCAGAACAACUUCGGGCGUAGCAGCUGCAAUUAUGCCUGAAGGAAGGACAGCCCACUCCCGUUUCAGCAUCCCACUCAAUGCAAAAGAGACAACGGUGUGCGGCAUAUCAAAGCAAAGUGCAAAAGCAGAACUUUUAAGAAGAGCUAAGUUAAUCAUUUGGGAUGAGGCGCCGAUGGCCAAAAAAUUUGUAAUUGAAAUAGUCGACCGAACCCUUAGGGACAUAUUGAGCUAUAAUGACCCUUUUGGAGGAAAGAUCAUCGAAUUUGGUGGAGAUUUCAGGCAAGUGCUAUCCGCGUUACCGAAUGGAACAAGAGAACAUACAAUUACUGCAAGCCUUGUCAGAUCGUAUCUAUAG